CACAUCAACUCCAAAAUGGCCAAAAUCCAGGUUGUCCUUGUGGUGGUGGCUAGCCUUUUGGCCAUCUCCGAGGCCCAGCAGCAGCGCUAUUCGCAGCGUUUGAGCCGCGGUCGCUCGCGGUAUUCCGCUCGCCAGGAGCUGGCUCCCGCAGACGGAGGAGCAUCCCCGGAUGCCGUGACGCCCUAUCCCUCGGCGGACGAGCUGAAGCCGGAAGUGCCCUUCGAUGAGGCGGCGGCUCCUUCGGCCGCCGAGCCCACUCCGGACGCCGUUUACGGACCGCCCGAUGCCGCGCCCAACAGCGUUCCCGACGAGGUCUACGGCCCUCCGGACGUGACCGGAAACGAUCUGCCCGCCGCCGCCGACAUUCCGGCGGAGCAGCAGGCUCGCUUGGUGGCUGCCAGGCGGGCGGCCAAUUACCGGAGAAUCGCCCAGCCAGUUUCCUAUCGUCGAGCUGCUUCCGCUGCCGCCCGUCCGGCCAAAUUGAGCGCUGCCCGCUCCACCGUGCGACGUUUCUAGACGAAAUUCCAGUAGCCGACUCAAAACAAAAACCCAUGACGAUUCAACGGAGCCACGAUGACGACACCAAUACACACGCGCACACUUUUCCCACCUGAACACACAGACACACUCACGAAAACCUUUCCCGAUUAAAUUCUGAAGCAAAUAAAUCAUGUUUUGAGAUAGA